CAGGCAUUUCAACAUCACAAAUCCAGUCACUACUUGUAGUAAAGUAUAAACCAGCCGCGAAGAAGUGGUUGAUCAAAGAUAUAUAUAACUUGAUUAGUUCUGAUCAUAUUUCUCGUAGCGAAUUUCAAGCACAUGAUUUCAUCCUCCUCCUCCAGCAAAAAUGCAAUAAUGAUCCUGAGUUUUCUUAUGAGUUCGAGUUGGAUAAUGACAAUUGCUUGAAACAUAGUAACUAUUUUUUGAUGCCUUUUGGCGUGUUCACAGGUGUUACUAAUAAUGGUCUCUCUUAUUGUGUUGCUGGUGUAUUGCUUUGGGAUGAAACCCGUUCAAGUUUUGAGUGA